GAACGACACUGACUACGAGACUAAUACAUCUACGUGGAGGUAUUGUAGGAAUACUAAUGUUUGGACAUUCCAAGGAUAGAACACAGCAGUAGGAAAUCAAUGGGGAUUUCCAUUGCUUCUAUUUUUUGAAUGUUGAGUCAAAACAAAAACAGAAACAGUAACAGAAUAUGCCAUUUUCUGGUUCGCCUUCUUCGCAGACAUUCUUAGAUACCCCAUUCCCCAAUCUUAAUUUUUUUUUAUAUUUCUUUUUUUUUUCCCCUUUAAUUUAAGCAUCACAGAAUACCAAUUACCAACCAUACCGACCUUCUUUUUCCGUCCACCAUUUUUGUCUUCAUUUAUUUCUAUCCACAAUUCACAAUCCACAUGCUUCUUUUUCUCUCUAGUUUCGUCUUCAGAAUUUUAUUUGAUGUUUAAAUUGGUUAUCAGUGACAUUCGUUUGACAAAACUGAAUUCGCUCUACACACUGGAGCUGGUUCCAUAUUGAGGAAUGGGCUCUAACAGGUCGGCGGUUGGUUUACUGGAUACAAUUAAAAUGGAAAGCUUCAGGACUAUACUUCCUCAUACUUAUCCUUAUCCACAUGAGCAUUCCCGCCAUGCUAUCACUGCAGUUGUUCUGGGAUGCCUUUUUUUCAUAUCAUUUGAUAAUAUGAAUACCUUCAUACAAGGGUUAGACAGUAACAUAAAGUGGUGGUCUAUGUAUUUCUGUCUGUUUGGAUUCUUCUAUUUUUUCUCAUCGCCAUUUAUUGGAAAGACAAUUAAGCCAAGUUAUUCGAAUUUUAGUAAGUGGUAUAUUGGCUGGAUUUUAGUGGCUGCUGUAUACCAUCUCCCAAGUUUUCAAUCAAUGGGAGUUGAUCUCAGGAUGAACCUCUCUUUAUUCAUAACAAUCUAUAUAUCAUCCAUAUUGUUUCUUCUUGUUUUUCAUCUGGUUUUUUAUUUCCUUUGGUUUUUUGGUCUUGUUGCCCGUGUGGCUGGCAAAAGGCCUGAGAUAUGGACCAUUCUUCAAAAUUGUGCUGUAAUUAGUGUUGCCUGCUGUGUAUUCUAUAGUCACUGUGGAAAUCGAGCCAUUGUGAAAGAGAGAAAGAACUCUAGUUGGUUCUCCUUUUUGAAGAAGGAGGAGAGGAACACAUGGCUUGCAAAGUUUUUGCAAAUGAACGAAUUGAAAGACCAAGUGUGCUCUUCUUGGUUUGCUCCUGUUGGUUCCGCAAGUGAUUAUCCUUUAUUGUCAAAGUGGGUGAUUUAUGGUGAGCUAGCAUGCAGUGGCACAUGUGCAGAAUCACCGGAUGAAAUUUCCCCUAUAUAUUCCUUGUGGGCCACCUUUAUAGGCCUCUACAUAGCUAAUUAUGUAGUUGAAAGGUCAACUGGAUGGGCUCUUACUCACCCUUUGUCGGUUAAAGAAUAUGAGAAAUUGAAGAAGAAGCAGAUGAAGCCUGAGUUCCUUGAUAUGGUCCCUUGGUAUUCAGGGACGUCAGCCGAUUUAUUUAAAACUGUUUUUGACCUUUUGGUGUCUGUGACCGUGUUCCUUGGGCGCUUUGACAUGCGUAUGAUGCAGGCCGCAAUGAACACAUUUCAAGACACAGAGAAAGGGGAUCCUCUCUAUGAUCAUUUUAAGGAAAAGGAUGAGUUUUGGUUUGACUUCAUGGCAGAUACUGGUGAUGGGGGGAACUCAUCAUAUACUGUUGCACGAUUACUUGCUCAACCUAAACUUCUUCUGAAAGAUGGUGACAUUGUGAAAACUCUUCCCCGUGGAAACUUAUUGCUUAUUGGAGGAGAUCUCGCAUAUCCUAAUCCAUCUGAAUUCACGUACGAGAGGCGCUUCUUUCGACCCUUUGAAUAUGCACUCCAGCCUCCUUCUUGGUAUAAAGAAGAGCUUAUCGCGGUUAAAAAGCCAGAGCUGCCCAGUGGUGUGCCUGAUUUGAAGCAUUAUGAUGGACCGCAAUGUUUUAUCAUUCCUGGAAAUCAUGACUGGUUUGAUGGAUUAAACACUUUCAUGAGAUACAUAUGCCAUAAGAGUUGGUUUGGUGGAUGGUUGAUGCCUCAGAAAAAGAGUUACUUUGCGUUGCAGCUUCCUAAAGGAUGGUGGGUAUUUGGUCUUGAUCUAGCACUUCAUGGCGAUAUUGAUGUUUAUCAGUUCAAGUUUUUUUCAGAGCUAAUUAAGGACAAGGUAGGAGAUAGUGACUCUGUAAUUAUAAUGACUCAUGAACCAAAUUGGCUUUUGGACUGGUAUUGGAACCAUUCUUCUGGAAAGAAUGUGGCACACCUGAUCCGUGACCAUUUGAAGGGAAGGUGCAAGCUUCGUAUGGCUGGUGAUUUGCAUCAUUAUAUGAGACAUUCUUAUGUCCCAUCUGACAAACCUAUUUAUGUUCACCAUCUACUUGUAAAUGGUUGUGGUGGGGCUUUUUUGCACCCCACUCACAUCUUCAGUAAUUUUAGGAAAUUUUAUGGAACCCCAUAUGAGAUGAAGGCUGCAUAUCCUUCGUGUGAAGAUUCUAGCAAGAUAGCUUUAGGAAAUAUACUGAAAUUCAGGAAGAAGAACUGGCAAUUUGACUUUAUUGGUGGAAUCAUCUAUUUUGUUCUAGCCUUUUCAAUGUUUCCACAGUGUCAGCUUAAUCAUAUCUUGCGAGAAGAUUCAUUUUCUGGUCAUUUGCGAAGUUUCUUUACCAUGGUCUUGAAUUGUUUAUCGUACGUGCUGGAACACUCUUACGUGUCUUUUUUAGGGACACUGCUGUUGUUGAUAACUGCAAUAUCUUUUGUCCCACCAAAAUUCUCACGUAAGAGGCGGGUAGUCAUAGGAAUCCUACAUGUAUCAGCACAUGUUUCUGCUGCUCUGGUCUUAAUGUUGCUGUUGGAGCUGGGUGUUGAGAUGUGUAUCCGGCAUAAGCUUCUAGCCACAUCUGGCUAUCACACUUUAUACGAGUGGUACAGACAAAUGGAGAGAGAGCACUUUCCUGAUCCGACUGGCCUUAGAGCGCGUAUUGAGCAAUGGACCUUUGGUCUUUAUCCAGCAUGCAUUAAAUAUUUGAUGUUUGCCUUUGAUAUUCCCGAGGUAAUGGCUGUCACGAGGAGCAACAUUUGCAAGAACGGGAUACAGUCGCUGUCUAGAGUUUAUGCUGCAGUGUACUAUGCCUCUGUUUUCCUGUAUUAUUGGGUGUUCUCAACCCCAGUUGUGUCUUUGAUAUUUGGGAGUUAUUUGUAUGUUUGCAUCAAUUGGCUUCACAUUCAUUUUGAUGAAGCGUUUUCCUCUUUGCGUAUUGCAAACUACAAGUCGUUUACUCGUUUUCACAUCAACAGUAAUGGUGACUUGGAAGUCUUUACUCUAGCCGUUGAUAAGGUUGCAAAGAAAUGGAAGUUAGAUCCAAAAUGGGACAGGGAACCAAAACAACCCGAGGAAUUAAGUUAUCAUAGGAAACACCCCAGCAAAUGGACUGCUGCUACAAAGCACCAGGAUCCGUUGUCCACUGUUCGAAUCGUAGACCAAUUUGUAAUCCAGAAGACUGAAACUGCCGACUUGCUCAACAAUGGACCACUACGAAGGACUGAAACUGCUGAUAUUGUCAACGGACCACUUCAGACUUCUGUGCUGACUUCUUUAGGACUUUGGUAAUGACAUAUGUAGAUUUUAUACUAAGAAACAAAGUGUAGAACUACUUACAGGUACAAAGUUAGGAGUCGGGGGGGGAAGAUGUCGGAAAAUAGGAAAUUCUCUCCCUGCUCUUUUUCUGUAUAUAUGUUUCGUAGAGCAAUGAAAUCGCUAGUUUUCACGAUAUGCUAACUGCUCUUACACAAUUACAUGGAGCGUAACGUGUUCAGGAUGCUACAGAAAUCUAUCAAGAAGCUGCUUAUAAUUGUUUUCCCAUUUGGUUGGGUCCACAGACUUCACUAAGAUUUAAUGUUUAUUGUUGAUUUAAGCACUAUGUCUAUUUUGCUUUAAGAUUGCUAUUGAUAGUGAUAUUUUCCCCUUA